AUGACGGGUGUACCAUGUGGUGCAGGAUCUGCUUACCAUUCUUGGGCACCCCCGGUUUUGGUGAGACAACAGCCCUAUACAUUAUUAAUGAAGACAACAGCACUAUGCAUUAUUAAUGAAGACAACAACAACAGCCCUAUACAACAACAGCCCUAUACAUUAUUAAUGAAGACAACAGCACUAUACAUUAUUUAUGAAGACAACAGCACUAUGAAUUAUUAA